UUGGAAAAAACCCUCGCAGCGGACAAAGAACGUCUACUUCACUUUCUUUCGUCUUCCCAACCAAGCACCUCGAUUCUAGAGAGAGAGAGAGAGAGAGAGAGAGAGAGAGAAUGCAAGAGAGAGAUGGUUCGAAAGAGGAGGAGGAGUUGGUAACGCCAGGUGAAGUGCUGGGGAAGGCGUCGGAGUUGAAGGCGGGAAGAGGGGCCUACGUCGCACCUCACGGCAACACCGUGUACGCCGCCCUCACUGGGCGCCGAUCCCUCAUCCCUCCUCCGCCCGACUCGUCCGACCAGAGACCAACAGUUGAAGUUACAGGUCACAAGGCCCAUGGAGCUGUUCCUGAGCCUGGGUCUAUUGUCAUUGCUCGUGUGACUAAAGUGAUGGUUAGAAUGGCUUCGGCUGACAUAAUGUGUGUUGGACCCAAAUCUGUUCGAGAAAAGUUCACUGGCAGUAUUAGGCAACAAGAUGUUAGAGCAACUGAGAUUGACAAGGUGGAUAUGCACUCGUCUUUCCGCCCUGGGGAUAUUGUUAGAGCUUUAGUUCUGUCCCUUGGAGAUGCUCGGGCAUACUAUCUAUCAACUGCCAAAAAUGAAUUGGGUGUUGUAUCUGCGGAAAGCACAGCAGGUGCAGCAAUGGUCCCAAUUAGUUGGACAGAGAUGCAGUGCCCUCUGACAGGCCAAAUUGAGCAGAGGAAAGUUGCUAAAACUGAGUCUUCAUAAUACCACAUAAUCAAGGAUGGAUUGGAAGUGAUCUACGCCUGUAGCCAACUACUAAUGCUUUGAUGAAGGGACUCUGUAUUGAGGUUAACGUAGUUUUAUACAUACCUUCUUAUUUGAUACUCAAUGUGGCUUUGUUGAGCAACCAUAUUUUUUGCUGCAGUCUGUCGUUUUGACCUGCCUUUGCCAGCAAUGUUGGUUCAACUGGUAAGGUUUAUAUGUUACUUUUUGGUCUCUAAGAUUGUAGUGAUCCUGAUCCCCCAAUUGCAAAAUUAGAGAGAAUCCAUGUGGCUUUACAUUA